GGAGCAGGCAGUCAGUGAGAAACAGUCAGGUCAAGAGCAGACAGUCAGGAAGAAACAGUCAGGUUAGGAGCAGGCAGUCAGUGAGAAACAGUCAGGUUAGGAGCAGGCAGUCAGGAAGAAACAGUCAGGUUGUGAGCAGGCAGUCAGUGAGAAACAGUCAGGUUAGGAGCAGGCAGUCAGUGAGAAACAGUCAGGUUAGGAGCAGGCAGUCAGGUAGAAACAGUCAGGUUAGGAGCAGGCAGUCAGGGUGAAACAGUCAGGUUAGGAGCAGGCAGUCAGUGAGAAACAGUCAGGUUAGGAGCAGGCAGUCAGGAAGAAACAGUCAGGUUAUGAGCAGGCAGUCAGUGAGAAACAGUCAGGUUAGGAGCAGGCAGUUAGUGAGAAACAGUCAGGUUAGGAGCAGGCAGUCAGUGAGAAACAGUCAGGUUAGGAGCAGGCAGUCAGGAAGAAACAGUCAGGUUGUGAGCAGGCAGUCAGUGAGAAACAGUCAGGUUAGGAGCAGGCAGUCAGUGAGAAACAGUCAGGUUAGGAGCAGGCAGUCAGGUAGAAACAGUCAGGUUAGGAGCAGGCAGUCAGGGUGAAACAGUCAGGUUAGGAGCAGGCAGUCAGUGAGAAACAGUCAGGUUAGGAGCAGGCAGUCAGGAAGAAACAGUCAGGUUAUGAGCAGGCAGUCAGUGAGAAACAGUCAGGUUAGGAGCAGGCAGUUAGUGAGAAACAGUCAGGUUAGGAGCAGGCAGUCAGUGAGAAACAGUCAGGUUAUGAGCAGGCAGUUAGUGAGAAACAGUCAGGUUAGGAGCAGGCAGUUAGUGAGAAACAGUCAGGUUAGGAGCAGGCAGUCAGUGAGAAACAGUCAGGUUAUGAGCAGGCAGUCAGUGAGAAACAGUCAGGUGUGCCAAACAGAAUCCACUCCGUUCAGCACCAUGGACAGCAGCUGUUCGGAACGCGACAACUACGUGGCAACAACACAGCACCGCAUCACAGUCUCCCCACAAAGCGAUCCGUGGGCGGUGUUUGACACCCGGUAGCGGCUGGGGAGCGUGGGGGCUGGCUGGCUGUCAUCUGUUUCACCGGCACGUUUCACGGAGAUGAGCAGCCAGGCGCCCUGUUUUGUUUUUUUAAAAACCUCCAGAUUGACUUCCGUUUACGCUGCACCGCUGUUAGGGUCAGCUCACUAGACUGGUCUGGACUAAAACAUUGAGAUUUCAGAAAACAAACCGGGUUUGAAAAACGGGAUAUAUAUUUUUUUUUAAUUUGUGCUUUUCGGUGCAGGUGUGUGAGUGAGGGCGCAAAAGAGAGAGGAGAGAGAGAACGUGUAAGUGUCGUGUUGUUUGUGUCGGUGUUUCGGCUAAACCGCUUUAUGUGUUUGUGUGUAGCUGGCUAUGGGUCUGUAUGAGUGUGUGUGAGUGAGUGUGUGUGUGUGUGGAGUGUGUUCGCUCUGAACUGGAGGGGAUAUCAGAGAAAAAUGUCAGCGUGUCAACAACAACAACAACAGAGGCAGGCUAACGGUCGGAUGUGUACUUGCCUUUUCUCUCAUACCGGGAGAUAGAAAAGGCGCUCGUUCAUUCAGGAAGGAGGAGGACGUUACCGGAAUACCUAAGAGACGUGUGGAACUGAACCGUCUUCCCGCCUGUCUGACUGACUGUCUGUCUGCCUGACUAACGUGAAUGAAAUCUUUAGAGGAGGAGGAGAGCGUUUCAAUCCACAGCCGUCAAGGAUUCAAUCGACGGAUGAAGAUGGAGUCAUUCCGCGGUUGUGGACGUUAAACGGACGUUAGGUCUGGAGAGGCUGGUUGGAGAAGUUGAGCUGAGACUGGACGGGGGAAAGAGGGAGAGGCGGAUCGGGUAGCUGAAAGGAGACUGAACGGGGGAAAGAGGGAGAGGCGGAUCGGGUAGCUGAAAGGAGACUGAACGGGGGAAAGAGGGAGAGGCGGAUCGGGUUGCUGACAGGGACGCAGACCAGCCUAGCCCUGGAUUUCAACAGGAGAUUCCAAGAAGAAGAAGAGGAAGAAGAGAAAUAUGUGGCGUCACCGCUGCCGCCAGUCUAGUCUGUGGUGGAGUCUUGAGCCAGUGGUCGUUAAAACGACCCGGCUUGAUCAGUGAAGCCCCUAGCCUCCUCUCUCUCUCUCUCUCUCUCUCUCUCUCUCUCUCUCUGCUCUCUGCUCUCUACCUCUCUCUCUCUCUCUCUCUCUCUCUCUCUCUCUCUCUCUCUCUCUCUCUCUCUCUCUCUCUCUCUCUCUCUCUCUGCUCUCUACCUCGCUCUUCCUUUCCCUUCUCUUUAAAUGUAAAUGACAUCGGUUGUUUCUCAGUAAGUAAGCGGUCUCGUGACGUGAGAUACUCAAAACCGUCAAUGAAGAUGUUGAUGUGUGACCGGGGCGUCCAGAUGCUGGUGACCACCGUGGGGGCUUUCGCCGCCUUCAGCCUCAUGACGAUAGCGGUCGGGACCGAUUACUGGCUGUACUCACGAGGGACGUGCAAAAGCAAAAGCACCAAUGACAACGACACAAGCCGGAAGAACGAAGAGGUGAUGACUCACUCUGGUCUGUGGCGAACCUGCUGUCUGGAAGGAACGUUCCGAGGUGUGUGUAAGAAGAUCGAUCACUUCCCAGAGGCCACAGAUUAUGAGGCAGACGCUGCAGAAUACCUUCUACGAGCGGUGCGUGCCUCCAGUAUAUUCCCCAUAAUGAGUGUAGGUCUGCUGUUCCUGGGAGGGCUGUGUGUGGCCGCCAGCGAGUUCUACAGGAGCCGACACAACGUCAUCCUCAGCGCAGGCAUCUUCUUCGUUGCCUCAGGUCUCAGUAACAUCAUCGGCAUCAUCGUCUACAUCUCGGCUAACUCUGGUGACCCGGGUCAGAGCGACAGCAAGAAGAGUUACUCGUACGGCUGGUCCUUCUACUUCGGGGCGUUGUCCUUCAUCAUGGCGGAGAUGGUGGGCGUUCUGGCCGUCCACAUGUUUAUAGAGAAACACCGGAAGCAGAGGGCCAAGUCUCGCACCGAACUCAUCAAGAAAUCAGCGUUCAGCCGUAUCCCGUCUUACCGUUACCGAUUCCGCCGUCGUUCCAGCAUCCGUUCCUCCGAGGCGCCCAGCCGGGAUGCUUCUCCCAUCGGGAAGGGGGGAUACAGCGGCCCGGGAACAGCCUCCGACCUCCCCAUGUAUACGCUCAUCCCCCGCGAAGCCGGAUCUAAGGCCGUCAUGGGGGGAGUGCUCAAUUCAGAGAGGGAGUUUCUACAGGGCGGUACUCUGGCCAAUACCAAGGACUACGGCAAAGACGCGGCCAACAGGAGAACCACGCCCGUCUGAGGGAGGCGGGGCCUAGGAGAUGAUUGGAUGGGAGAUGGAUGAUGAUAAUGAUGAUGAGAGACAGUGAGGGAGGAAGAGGUAUUAUGAACUUUGACCUCUCUGCAACCUCCAGGGAUAAUUGGCAAAGGGGGUUGAAAUUAGACGUUGGUUCCUAACCACAGAUCUAGGAUCAGAUUCCCAUUUUAAAACCGCUUAACCUCAUCCCCUAGUGGAGGGGAGGGCACUACCCCUUAACCUCACCCCCUGGUGGAGGGCACUACCCCUUAAACUCAUCCCCUAGUGGAGGGGGGGAACUACCCCUUAACCUCAUCCCCUAGUGGAGGGAGGGGAACUACCCCUUAACCUCAUCCUCUAGUGGAGGGGCGGGCACUACCCCUUAACCUCAUCCCCUAGUGGAGGGGGGAACUACCCCUUAACCUCAUCCCCUAGUGGAGGGGGGGAGGCACUACCCCUUAACCUCAUCCCCUAGUGCAGGGUUGGGAACUACCCCUUAACCUCAUCCCUAGUGGAGGGGUGGGCACUACCCCUUAACCUCAUCCCCUAGUGGAGGGGGGGGGCACUACUGGUGAGUUGCUGCCCACCCCCUGUACUAGAGGACUGUGAGUUGCACCCCCUGUACUAGAGGACUGUGAGUUGCACCCCCUGUACUAGAGGACUGUGAGUUGUUGCCCACCCCCUGUCCUAGAGGACUGUGAGUUGUUGCCCCCUGUACUAGAGGAUUGUGAGUUGCUGCCCCCUGUACUAGAGGACUGUGAGUUGUUGCCCACCCCCUGUACUAGAGGACUGUGAGUUGUUGUUGCUAGAGGACUGUGAGUUGCUGCCCACCCCUGUACUAGAGGACUGUGAGUUGUUGUCCACCCCCUGUACUAGAGGACUGUGAGUUGCACCCCCUGUACUAGAGGACUGUGAGUUGCACCCCCUGUACUAGAGGACUGUGAGUUGUUGCCCACCCCCUGUACCAGAGGACUGUGAGUUGUUGCCCACCCCCUGUACCAGAGGACUGUGAGUUGCUGCCCACCCCUGUACUAUAGGAUUGUGAGUUGCACCCCCUGUACUAGAGGACUGAGUUUCUGCCCACCCCCUGUACUAGAGGACUGUGAGUUUCACCCCCUGUACUAGAGGACUGUGAGUUUCACCCCCUGUACUAGAGGACUGUGAGUUGCACCCCCUGUACUAGAGGACUGUGAGUUGCUGCCCACCCCUGUACUAGAGGACUGAGAGUUGCUGCCCACCCCCUGUACUAGAGGACUGUGAGUUGCUGCCCCCUGUACUAGAGGACUGUGAGUUGUUGCCCACCCCCAGUACUAGAGGACUGUGAGUUGUUGCCCACCCCCUGUACUAGAGGACUGUGAGUUGCUGCCCCCUGCACUAGAGGACUGUGAGUUGUUGUCCACCCCCUGUACUAGAGGACUGUGAGUUGUUGCCCAACCCCUGUACUAGAGUACUGUGAGUUGUUGCCCACCACCUGUACCAGAGGACUGUGAGUUGCUGCCCACCCCCUGCACUAGAGGACUGUGAGUUGCACCCCCUGUACUAGAGGACUGUGAGUUGUUGCCCACCCCCUGUACUAGAGGACUAUGAGUUGCUGCCCACCCCUGUACUAGAGGACUGUGAGUUGCUGCCCACCCCCUGUACUAGAGGACUGUGAGUUGCACACCCUGUACUAGAGGACUGUGAGUUGCACCCCCUGUACUAGAGGACUGUGAGUUGCUGCCCCCUGCACUAGAGGACUGUGAGCUGUUGUCCACCCCCUGUACUAGAGGACUGUGAGUUGUUGCCCACCCCUGUACUAGAGGACUGUGAGUUGUUGUCCACCCCCUGUACUAGAGGACUGUGAGUUGUUGUCCACACCCUGUACUAGAGGACUGUGAGUUGUUUCC